AUGAAUCUCCUCAACCUCUUCGCGAUCAUCUCCGCCUUGAUCGUCAACACCCUCGGUGUCGCUCACGUGGCCCCAGAGGUGGCAGCCCGCAGCGAGCCUAGCCUGCCCAAUUUCUGCGGCUGGUUCAAGCACGACGAUUCUCGAUCUGGUUGGGCCUUCGCGAAUGAGGAGUGCAAGAACUUCGAGUGGAAGAAUCCCGACGACGAGAGGAUUGAGUCCUCCUUCAAAAGACCAGUCCUCACCCUACAGAACGUGUACUGCGGUCUCUGCUUCGUUUGGGAAUCAGGGAGCGGGGUUGUCAAGGCACCAUAA